GUGACAUACUAAAUUCGACGGGAAUCUGCUGCCUCUAAUUAGGCCUAAGCGAAAUACUCUAAACCGAGGUGGGGCACACCCGACAAUCCUACGACUGACCAUAUAUCUGAAGACUGACCAGGAAAACUGACUACCAAACACCCCUACACCGCCCUCACACUGACGGCGGUCGAACCCCACCCAGGGAUGGACCCCACCAACGGAGAAUCCGGUAAUUACCGGACCUUACUAAAUGUCCAGCCAUCUUCCAACACAGACAAGGGAGUAGUGGAGAUGACAGGCCUGCUCUCCAAUCCUGUGGACGGGCAGGACGAGCCCAUCCAUCCCAUAAAACGCUCGGAGAGUGCUGAACUACUCAACUUCACUCUUCAUCAGUGUGCCAGAAAUGGAGACGUAAGGAGUACACAGAUCCUGAUAGGUCAGAUCAAGGCCUCGUCCAAGAAUACUUACAAGAAGAUCAACGUACGUGACGAGGACAGGAUCACACCACUUCAUUAUGCUGCCCGCUAUAACCACAAGGCUGUUGCCAAACUCCUCGUCGACAAUGGGGCAGAUCCCAACUGCCGAGACUCAGAAAACCUGACACCCCUCCACUAUGCUGCCCGUUACCGCCGUCAGCGACAAAAAAACACAGACACAGACGAUGACGAUGAUGGCCCAGAACUGCCAGACAACACACCCCAGGAUGACAGUGCCCUGGUUGAUAACAGUGUGAUCAGUUAUCUGGUACAAAAUGGUGCUAACAUCAACAAGCAAGAUAAAUAUGGCCAGACUCCGCUUCACUAUGCAGCCAUGCGCGGAAACGAGUUUGCUGCCAAGGAGCUCAUGUCUUACAAGGAUAUUGAUAUUGAGACUGUGGACAUGCAAAAGAUGACUGCCCUCCACAUGGCUGCUACCCACAAUCAAGUGGAGAUCACCAAACUGCUGAUUGAUGCAGGGGCUCCCCUUCGUUGCCAGGACGAUGAAGACUCGACCCCCCUCCACUGCUGCUGUAGUGAGGGAAACAUUGAUAUUGUCAAGCUCCUCUUCGAGGCAGGCUCUCGACAGGAUGGCUGGGUUACCAUUUCAAACAUGGUGACUGACAGAGACUGUGACCAGAGCACCUGUCUACAUAUGGCUGUGGAGAACGGUCACUAUGACGUAGUCAAACUCUGUCUGGAGAAGCGAGCAGAUGUUAACACACCUGCAUCUAACUACAUGAACCCCAUCCACCUGGCAUCAAAGGCUGGAGACAUUAAGUGUCUCAAACUGUUGGUGGAGCACCAUGCCCGAAUAGAUGCCCUCAAUGACGUACAGGCCACGCCCCUCCACAUCGCGUGCGCCUUCAAUCAUGUAGAGGUGGUAGAGUACCUGAUAGAGAGAGGAGCCAAUUUGGAGAAGAAAGACAAGGACAAUUACACUCCCCUGCUGAUGGCCGCAUCUUAUGGUCACGCAGACAUCAUCAAAUUGCUGCUCAGGAAGCGUGUGGACCACGAGGCUGUGGAAAAGAAUGACAAGACAGCACUUUACCUGGCCGCGGAGGAGGACAACCUGGAUGCUUUAAAGGCACUUCUGAUGGUUGGACGUGUGCGUAGACUGGUCAAUGUGGGUGACAGGUAUGAUAACACACCUCUCCAUAUCGCUGCAGAGAAAGGCUACCUCAACAUUGUCAAGUGUCUUCUGGAACAGAAAGUGGACGUUGAUGCCAAGAAUGAGGAGGAACAGACACCAUUACAUUUAGCAGCUAAAUCAGGCAGGACCAAUAUUGUCCGUGAGCUGGUGUUGAGAGAUCAUUCAUCUGUGAAUGACGAAGAUGAGGACUCAAACACGGCCCUCCACUUGGCAGCAGAGUGUGGCCAUGCCAAGGCUGCUGGAGUACUGUUGGACAAUGGGGCAGAUGUGGCCGCUAGGAAUUGUAAUCUGUGGACACCGCUGGACUCGGCAGCAUCAAAGGGCUGGGUAAAGACAUGUAAAGUUCUGCUGGAGGCUGAUGCUCCAAUCAAUCCAAUGGACAAAACCAAGACUACCCCUCUUCAUCUGGCUGCCCGGUUUGGGCACUCUGGUGUGGUCGAACUCCUCCUCCAGUGGAAGGCCAACAUCCAACAGAACGAUUCCAACAGUGAUAACUGCCUCGACUUGGCCAUCGACAAUAAUCAUCCAGAUGUUGCACUAACCAUCAUUAACUCCGAAAUGUGGGAGGAUGCAUUAAGAAAUGAAACAUCAGAGCUUGGCACAGAUCAAAAGAGCACCCCUAUGAGGAAGCUGAUUAAGAAAAUGCCUGAUAUUGCUGAAGCUGUAUUUAACAAGUGUAUGACUGACAACAAGAAGAGUUUUGAGCACCCUGACUACAAAGUCACAUUUAACUACGAGUUUCUGGAUGAUGUUUACUCCCUUGGGACAUGGCGGGAGACUGGACCAAGCGAAAGUGGCGGGUCAUCUGAUGGGAGUGUAUACAAUGAGGACUUCACCCUGUCCUCCUCGGCCAAACCCUACACCACCGACUCUAGUGAGAUGAAGAAGAACCACCCUCUCAUGAUAAUGGUGACGUCCAAGCGAGAGGACCUUCUGGCCCAUCCACUGGUUACCUCUCUUCUCCGACACAAAUGGAACAGUUUUGGCAGAGUGUUUUACUACAUCAAUUUUUUCGUCUAUGCUAUUUUCCUGACCUUCCUCACCGGCUACAUCCUGAGUACCAGUCCACCGUACUCUUACAGUACGACUGGCAAUGCGUCCUGUGAGCUUGUGUACACCAGCACCUCCCCAGUUUAUGAACAACAUAUAGUUGCUAAAAUUGGAAAAUACGUCGUCAUAGCUCUGGCAGCGUGGAAUCUUCUCCGUGAGUUGCUGCAGAUAUACCAGGCAAAGCUCCAGUAUCUCGGCUGGGAAAACCUCAUUGAGUGGCUGACCUAUGUGUUUGCCCUGCUGCUUGUCAUUGACUUCCAAGAUUGUCAGAAGACAACUGGAUACAGAUUUGACUGGCAGUGGUCUCUGGGGGCCAUCGCAAUAUUCCUGGCAUGGAUCGACCUAGUUCUGUUCCUCCAGAAGUUUCCUCGGUUUGGUAUCUACGUUGUCAUGUUCAAGGACAUCCUCAACACCUUCAUCCAGUUCUUCAUAGUCUUCUUCCUCUUUAUUGUUGCCUUCGCUCUCGGCUUCUAUACUGUACUCCAGAACCAGGUACCAUUCAAGACCUUUGGUCAGGCGUUGGUGAAGACCUCAGUGAUGAUGAUUGGAGAGUUUGAGUAUGAUGCCAUUUUCAAUGGAAACCCUGCGGACCACACAGAGAAAGUUUACCAGGAAUCUGUGACGUACAUAUUGUUUGUGAUAUUCAUGAUCAUCAUGUCUAUCAUCAUAAUGAACUUACUGGUUGGUUUGGCUGUAGAUGAUAUCAAGGCUGUACAGGAGCAGGCUGCCCUCAAGAGAAUGGCUAUGCAGGUUGCACUGGCGCUUGAUGUGGAAAGAAUUGUUCCUGAAUUUAUACGAAGGAAAUUUGUGACAAAAAAGCAGACAAUCAAGCCCAACCAGGGUUUGAAGAAUCCGUUCAGUCAACUUGCUAACCUGGAGGCUGGGGAUCUGUCAUCAGCAGCCAUCAACAAGGCCCUCAACCCCGAGCUGGACGACAUAGAAAAGGUACAGGAAGCACAGGAACGGCUCCAGAAGGAUGUCGGCAAGCUGCGCUUCUCUGUGAAGGAGAUGCGCUCACAGAACACUAAACUGGAGAGUAUGAUGACAGCACUGCUGACCUCUCAGAACAUCAAAUGGCAGGAGGAGGACUUCCAGGACACAGAGGAAUCUUAGACACAAUGGAGGACUCCUAGAUAUCAGGGUCAUCUUAGACAUCACUCACAAUGGAGGACUCCUAGAUAUCAGGGUCAUCUUAGACAUCACUCACAAUGGAGGACUCCUAGAUAUCAGGGUCAUCUUAGACAUCACUCACAAUGGAGGACUCCUAGAUAUCAGGGUCAUCUUAGACAUCACUCACAAUGGAGGACUCCUAGAUAUCAGGGUCAUCUUAGACAUCACUCACAAUGGAGGACUCCUAGAUAUCAGGGUCAUCUUAGACAUCACUCACAAUGGAGGACUCCUAGAUAUCAGGGUCAUCUUAGACAUCACUCACAAUGGAGGACUCCUAGAUAUCAGGGUCAUCUUAGACAUCACUCACAAUGGAGGACUCCUAGAUAUCAGGGUCAUCUUAGACAUCACUCACAAUGGAGGACUCCUAGAUAUCAGGGUCAUCUGGGCCUCAACAACAAAGUCACUCACAUGCUUGGCCACUUAGAUAUUGGGGUCAAACACAAGCUGGACCUCGCUGACAUCUGGGUUUCCCACAAGUUUCUCUAUGACUGUUGGAUAGCCCCAAGCAUUUCCUCAAUGUCAGGGGAACUGUCAGGGGAACUGCCCUACUUUUCUACCCUGGUCCUGUAGAGUUUUCAUAUAGAGUUUUACAGAACGAGUCUACUUUUCAAAUUUCAUUGUAUGAAAAGGAUGGGAGUAGAUUUUUUCAGGAAUAUCUAUUAUCAACUAAAUGUUAAUGAAAUACCUUUCAGUGAUAAAAGAGACAGUGGAUAGAAUCUGGAUGAUUCUAUCACCUAUAGGAUGAUUCUAUCACCUAUACACAGCUCUGAUUAAAUUGUCUCACAACUCUUCUUACUGGUCAUUGUGGAAUAUCUCCAUCUGUUUAUCACGAUAGUGAUUUUAUAUUGUGAUAUUUUUAUAAUUUAUUUAUAAAUAUUUCAUUAUGAAUUGUGAUUACAUUGAAACUUUUAUAACAUUUUAAUUUACCGGGGUAAAGUAGAAUUUACUAAUUAACAUUUUUUCAGGUUGUUUCAGUAUUUUUAAAAGCUGAUAUCUAGUUUAGAACAAUUAAAACAGAUUAUAAUUCUGUAGGGUUGCAUUACUCACGUGUGUACUUAUUGGUGCCUUCAGUUUUUAUUGUUAAGAUGAGUUCUAGAAAUCAUCAGUUGUUUAGCAUUAAAAAAUUGUUAAUUAAUAUGUCAAAAGAAAACAUUCAAUUUUGAAUUAUAUUCAUUAGAAUAGACAUUUUUAGAAAAUAAUACAUGAUAUUUUAUAACCAUCUAUGGGAAAUUAAUUAGUACAUGUAUACUAUAAUGAUUAAAGAAGACGUUCCUGCACAGUGUUUUGUAUAAUGGUGAUGUUGAUACAGCUGAUGAACCAAAUAUAUAAUUAUAGUACAUAAAGACAAUAGUUAUCAGCUUGUAGAGUUCAGUCAACCCCUAUUAACAGUCUUAACAGACUCGUACAAUCUCUGUAUCUUAUUCUCUGUUUCAGCAGUCAAGUAUUGUAAGUGACAUGAGAUAGUGUUGUAGAGGGCCCAGAACUUACGGGACUGUACGAUUACUAACACUGUUGUAGAUAGCCCAGAACUUACGGGACUGUACGAUCACGUACACUGUUGUAGAUAGCCCAGAACUUACGGGGCUGUACGAUUACUAACACUGUUGUAGAUGGACCAGAACUUAAGGGACUGUACGAUUACUAACACUAUUGUAGAUGGCCCAGAACUUACGGUACUGUACGAUUACUAACACUGUUGUAGAUAGCCCAGAACUUGCGGGACUGUACGAUUACUAACACUGUUGUAGAUAGCCCAGAACUUGCGGGACUGUACGAUUACUAACACUGUUGUAUAUGGCCCAGAACUUAAGGGACUGUACGAUUACUAACACUGUUGUAUAUGGCCCAGAACUUAAGGGACUGUACGAUUACUAACACUAUUGUAGAUGGCCCAGAACUUACGGGACUGUACGAUUCCUACCACUGUUGUAGAUAGCCCAGAACUUACGGGUCUGUACGAUUACUAACACUGUUGUAGAUGGCCCAGACCUUACGGGACUGUACGAUUACUUACACUAUUGUAGAUGGCCCUGAACUUAAGGGACUGUACGAUUACUACCACUGUUGUAGAUGGCCCAGAACUUAAGGGACUGCACGAUUACUAACACUAUUGUAGAUGGCCCAGAACUUACGGUACUGUACGAUUACUAACACUGUUGUAGAUAGCCCAGAACUUGCGGGACUGUACGAUUACUAACACUGUUGUAGAUGGCCCAGACCUUACGGGACUGUACGAUUACUUACACUAUUGUAGAUGGCCCAGAACUUACGGGACUGUACGAUUACUUACACUAUUGUAGAUGGCCCUGAACUUAAGGGACUGUACGAUUACUAACACUGUUGUAGAUGGCCCAGAACUUAAGGGACUGUACGAUUACUAACACUGUUGUAGAUAGCCCAGAACUUACGGGACUGUACGAUUACUUACACUAUUGUAGAUGGCCCUGAACUUAAGGGACUGUACGAUUACUAACACUAUUGUAGAUAGCCCAGAACUUACGGGACUGUACGAUUACUAACACUGUUGUAGAUGGCCCAGAACUUAAGGGACUGUACGAUUACUAACACUGGUGUUAUUGUUAUCACCACCCGGGUUGUUUGUAAAUAGAACAAUAGUUAUAUCUCCAUUAUACAGACAUUAAUCUCCACUAAAAGUUGUUUUAUUGGUCAGAUCUUGUUUGAACAUCUACUGUUGAUGACACUAUUCGUUGUUUUGUAAAUAGUACAAAUUUUAUGUCUACAUUAUAAAUAUAUAGUCGUUAAACUUGACUGCAGCAGCUGGUCUCCAUGAGUAGGUCACUGGUUGAAGGCCAACGUGGGGCAGUCGCCAGGUAUUGGCCAUGGGUCGGUGGUUUUUCUCCAGGUUCUCUGGUUUUUCGUCCGCCACCAAAACCUGUUCAUCCUUAAAUGACCAUUGUUGUUAUUAGUGUUAAUAGAAUGUAAAAUAACACAAACAGUUAGAUGGUUCAGUAGUGCUUUUGACAACAAUGAUUUGGACUCUCAGAGCAUGAAUGUUUUCACUUUAAUUACACACUUAUUUCAUUUUAGUAACAAUUAUGUAAACAUUAAAAUUGUCUGUUAAUUUGUCCUGAAGGUUAUGAGGUUUGAUACAAUCCGAUAUGAUUGAUUUCUAAUGCUGGACUAACCCGUCUAGACUAAACCUGUUCACUAGUAUGUUCACUGUUACCAUGUGUACAGGACGGAACUGUGUGUUUGUACUAUUUAGUACAUUAUCAGUAUAUAAUUGAUUUAGUACAUUAUCAGUAUAUAAUUUAUUUAAGUGAUUCAGUUAUGUACAUUGCAUCCAUGCCUUCUUCGUUAUAUUUCUAAUUUUACAAACUCGGACAUAAUAUCAAUCUAAUUAAAAUCAUAUUUUCACAUAAGGGUGAUAUAUCAGUAAACGGGCGCGAUGUGAAAAUAUAAUUUUAAUUAGAUUGACAUAAUUUAUAUAUUAAUUAAUGUGAUACUCUUGAGUUCUUAAAUUAACCUAUGUGUUAGAUUAUGUAUGUGUAUAUUGAUGAACAGUAGACAGAGGUAUAUAUAGAUAUAUAAUUGUACCGGUAUACAUCUUUUGCCAACAAAUCACAGAGUAUUCUAAACUGUCCUUCAUACAGAGCUUGAGAAAGCUUAGUUAAGUAGUGGUAGGUUGGGUGUUUCAGUGAUUUCUGGUGGAGUAACAUGGCUCGGUGGCAGUACACUAGUCUGGUGCUGGGUCUAAGAUUUAAGUUGUUGACAGAUCACUGCUGAUUGUACACCUGUGGCAGGUGUAGUAUGCAUCUCAUUUGUGAUUGGGUAUGAUAGCAAACAUUUAUACUUUAAACUUGGCAGGUCCAUGUAUUUCUAGUGAACAUUUUAGUUCCUAAAAACAGUAAGUGAUUUGAUAUUAGAUAUUCACAUAGAAUAUUUUGACAUUCAAAAUUUUCAAAUUUCUUCAGUGGCCAAAAUAGAGAGAUCACCUGGUUAUUUCAUGAAAAGUGAAUAUUUGAAAAAGAAAUUACUGUUUUUAGAGUCUUGAAUUUUCAGUGUACCAGUGCAGAUAGUGUAAUUAAAAGUGACACAAACUGAAAAGUAUGGACCAAAAUUUACCUAGAAUUAUUCCAUAUGACUGUUUUAAACUUGAUUUUUUUGCUGACUUUUUUACCAUUUGAUAUUAUAUAAAAAAUUACAUGCAUCACACCACCUCUGUAUCACACGCUGUGUAGAGGUCGUCUGUCUUGGUUACCUUAUUUUACCGAUGAUAAACCCAGGUGAAGGGGGCUAUAUGUCAAACAGAGGUUAAAAAGGGUAUUAGACUUGUUGUAUAAAAACUAAGUUUUAUAUUACCAUUCAACAUGGUGUCCCUGAGGAUCAGAGAUGCCAGUCUUAUCAGAAAUACUGCAGCUGUAGUUACUGUGGAAAUCCUUCGUUUCAGUCAACCGUUGUUUUACAUGGUUGUGACACUUUUUAGAUAAUUUCUGUAGGAUUUGGUACAGCGGUGGUUUCUGUAUUCACUCAAAGUAAUCAUGUUAUUUCCGUUAAUUUGUAAUUAAUUGAACCUCUCUUUACUCUGGUCAGUAGCAAAUGUGGGUGUGUAAUCAUUUUAACAUAAUUAUAAAAUCUAUUUAUGACAUUUACCAUUACCUAGUUUUGGUAAACUAUUCAUGGCCUGUUUUUAAGUAAUUUUCUUUGAUAAAUGAGAUAUGCUUAUUGGAAAAAAAAUCACUUGGUGUUACUGUAUUUAUUCUGCAAUAAGACGAAGGGACCAACAUGUAAAUUCUGAGGUAAAUUAUUGUAGGACAAUGAAAAAUCAUUUACUAGCAUUUUUACUAUUCUGUAAUUGAUAUAGUAGGGCGUAUUACCAGGCAUGGACUUAUUACCAGGCCUGGGCUUAUUGCCAUAAAUAUGGCAUUCUUUCUACAUAACUUAUAUUCUAUCAACUUUUUUUUUUUAUCAAAUGAUAGUUACUGUUAUAUACAGUUUUGUUCAAUAUACAUAAUUUAUCAUCAAACAAUAUACAAAUGUACUGAGAUAUUCUUUGUACAUAAUCUGUGCUCAAUGUACUGUCGAGUAAAUGUUGGCUUUAUCCUCACCUUGGUAUAUAGAUCUAUAGAUUUCUGGUUUUGUCGUGUAUGAUCUAUGUAAGGGUAUGUAACCUCUACAAUGCAUGUACCAAGGACGAUGGAGGAACAGAGUAGGAUACAGGACACAAUUCUGUCCCAAUGUGUUAACGAGACUGUGUUGUAGUUAAUCAUGCUUGAACUUGUAUUUUAUUACUCAUACUUAAACCAUUCUUAUCAAAACUAUUGUAUUCAUUUUUAAUUCUGACCAUUUAGUUAUCAAAGCCUAUGACCAUUAUGUAGACCAGACUCUCUGUUUGGGAGAUGUGGGAGGCAUUGCUUCUAGGAUACUGUUACCAAUCAAUCUUAAUACGAAAUGAUAUAAGAUAGAUGUGGAUCGAGAAUUUUUAAAGCAGAAUGUCUUAUCUGUGCCAGUUUACUCAAUUAAAAAGUUAGUUCAAAAUAAUGACCAAAAUCCCUGGGAUUGGAAUGUGUGCACCAUGCCCAGAUUCACACUUAGGAAUGGCCAGUAGAGAAUAAAGAUCACCCUACAUUUUGUUAUUUCUGAUUCUUUCCUGUCGAUUAUGUGUGUAUUAUUGAACAAGAAUAAUUAUUUGGUUAGCAUGUUCUGGUUGUCAAGAAAUUAUAGCUGCUGUGACAUUGGCUUGUUUGUGAAAUUAUAGCUGCUGUGACAUUGGCUUGUUUGUGACGUUAUAGCUGCUGUGACAUUGGCUUGUUUUUGACAUUAUAGCUGCUGUGACAUUGGCUUUUUUUUGGCAUUAUAGCUGCUGUGACAUUGGCUUUUUUGUGACAUUAUAGCUGCUGUGACAUUAGCUUGUUUGUGACAUUAUAGCUGCUGUGACAUUGGCUUGUUUGUGAAGUUAUAGCUGCUGUGACAUUGGCUUGUUUGUGACGUUAUAGCUGCUGUGACAUUGGCUUGUUUGUGACAUUAUAGCUGCUGUGACAUUGGCUUGUUUGUGACAUGAAAACGAAUCAUCACAUAACAAAUGUUUGCCCCAAAAAAUACUAAAUUAAUUAAUUGGAUGAUCUUGGUCACAUUGCUUAUAGACACUGAAGUAAAAAUGAAAGUACAUAAAGUAUUUCCAUGUGAUAGAAUAGAUAUAAUCAACAUAUGGUUGUAUAUUAUGAUGGUAUUUAUAACUGUUAUAAAAGUGAUUAACUCGGCUGAAGAAGCUUUUGUUAAAUUAUUUUCCUACAACAUUUUCUAACUCUUGUUAUCUGUUAUAAACACACCCAUAUUUAGAUGGAUGUUUAAUGUGUCCCAUCUCUCCCACAGAGAAACAGUAGAACCCCAGGCUUUGGUGUACAUUCCUGUAGUGGUAGUCAUUUAAUAGUUCAUUCCUUACUUUUAUUUUGUUAAUUUGUACGUUUUUCUUACUAUUUUGUUACAUGUGUUAAUUUGUACAUUUUUCUUACUAUUUUGUUACGUGUGUUAAUUUGUACAUUUUUCUUACUAUUUUGUUACGUGUAUUAAUUUGUACAUUUGUCUUACUAUUUUGUUACGUGUGUUAAUUUGUACAUUUUUCUUACUGUUUUGUUACGUGUGUUAAUUUGUACAUUUUUCUUACUAUUUUGUUACGUGUGUUAAUUUGUACAUUUGUCUUACUAUUUUGUUACGUGUGUUAAUUUGUACAUUUUCCUUACUAUUUUGUUACGUGGUUAGUAUUAUUAGCUCAGGUUGCAAUGUUUUUCAAACUUUUUACUAUAUGGACCUUUUAUGGAAGACUGACCACCUUUAACUCAUCACCCCUGAUGACACAUUUCUUCCAAUUCAAAGGUUGGAAUAGUUCAUUAUAAAGUUUCAGGGGUGAAUAAGUUAAACUCAUCAUUCUGUUACUCAAUGUGUAACGUUUGCAUUUUUCUGAACCAUUUUUCAGCAGUAUACAGUCUUCUUUUUUUACCAUUUUACAUCAUAAUGUAUGUAGCUCAAAGGGUAUUUUAUGAACUUAUUUCCAUGUUUGUACAUGUAGAGGGUUGAAAUGCUGUAACAGUCACAUGACCUUGAAAUGUCAACAUAAAAUUAUCAUUGUUUUUGUGUAUAAAAUGGUUGUGUAUUGUUACGUAAAAUUACAGUUUUUAUAUAGAUAUUUUACAAAUUUCUUAUUGACAUGAAAGGGGAAAAUGCAGAUCAUAAAUUUAAUUAGUAAAAUUUGUAAAGCCGAUGAAAGAGAAUUAUUAAAAUUUUCCUGGAAAAAAGUACAAAUGAAGUCAACAAUACAACACGAGAUAAAAACCAUUUGUCAGUAGGUGUAGUGGUUUUGUUGUACAAUUCUAUAUUGUUGUGAUGAUAGGUUAGUAAAUGAUCCGUGAAAGUAAUAAGUCUUCUUCAUGAAACCAAAGAUAAAGUGCAGAUUUUUAUGACAUAAUUAUAAGGAGUACGGUAGGUGUUUUGCUCAAAAAUAAGGAAAUCCGUAGGAGAUAGCCUAUAUAACAACCAGUACCUGAUGAUGUGUGAUUAUGUUGGUGUUCUGCUGUCAUAAUGAGAUCAGGAAUUCUUUACUAGUGCAAUGAUAUACAUAUUUACUCUAGACUAGUUAAUGUAUAUUUUGUAGUAGUUUUACGAUCAAGAUAUCAUGAUUUUAAAAAAAUUGGUAAAUUUGAUAUUAUGUAGAAAUUUGUGAGCCUUCAUACAACGUGGAUUUUUGUAUUGUGUUGAUAAACGAGGGACUAAUGAUGCCAGAGAAGCUGACCUAGCAGUGGUCAGCAGUGGUCAGCAAUGAGGAGGGUUGUAAGAUCUGAUAUAUUUAUGUAGAAUUAUACCAAUUUAAUAAUAUAUUUAUCCGUUUUGUACUUAAUAAAUAGACAAAUUAUCUGAA